AUGGGUUGGAAGAAGACUUGCAUCGGUUUCGUGUUGCAUCGGCUGCGUUUGACGGAGAGCGUGGUGGCAAAACGAGGAAAAUUUGGUUCCGUGAUUGAAAACCAACCUCAAUCACGGAUUCUGGCUCUUCUUGGACGCGACAUGUCGACGACACCCACCACGACACGACGCGACUUUGCACAAGACGACAAAGAGAAAACAUACAUGUCAUACAUGAACGGCAACAUGAUCAAGCCCGUACUGCUAGUACUGUCAGCUCUGCUCCUUGCCGUCGUGUCCGCUGCCGACAUUGAGGAUAUUGUGGCUUGUCCCUGUGAGAUAGCCCCGCUGCCCGAUUUACGCCACAAGGAAUUGACGGCUCGAUGGAUGGUCCAUUCGUUGAAUUGGGGAGUGCUGUCGACGAUUUCGUCUCGUCUCACAAGUAGCGAAGGAGAUCGUUUAUCGAUUCCCUUUGGCAAUGUCUACUCCUUUGUGGAUGGCACCUGUCAAAAUUCCACCGGCACUCCCUACUUUUAUGGCACCCACCUCGAUCAAUCCUUCAAGGACAGUUUGGUCAAUAACCAUGCUUCCUUGACACUCUCGGAAGCUUCCAUUUCCUCGGUCUGUUUAUCGACUUCGUCCGCGGGUGUCAUGAAACGCAAGGCCUGUCAAAUUGGGUUGAAAUACGGAGAUCCGGAAAAUCCCGUUUGUGCCCGGUUGACAUUGACCGGAACACUGGAAGAAGUUACAGUCCCGGCAGAAAAGGAAUGGGCCCUGCAAUCGAUUUUCCAGCGGCAUUCGAGUAUGGAACAAUGGCCCCAAGACCACGAUUGGGUUGUUGCCAAGCUCGUGUUGAAGGAUAUCUGGUUGAUUGAUUUCUUUGGUGGUGCCAGUAUUUUGGAUUUGGAUGCAUACUAUCAUGCGGAUGAUUUCAUGAAGGAGAUUACUGGUAGUAGUGGUGAUGCAGAGGAAGAGGAUAAGCACUAG